GCGGAAGAGACCUUGCAGGGUCUCUUGCGUGCCAUUUCUCCCUCUCUCAAGCUUCUUCUUAAUCUUCUCUCUCUACUGUAUCUCGAUUUUCCUGCCACUCUACAUUCUCUUCAUCUCCUUUCCAUCUUUAUUAUUUUGUUGUCUGGUUUUCCUUGUCUCUAUCUUAAGAUUAGUUUCUUCUUUACCCAUUCUUUGAAUAGUACCCAACCUCUCUGUUUCUUCUGGUUUUCUUGGUUUUUUUUCUGUUUGUCUUGGCGUGAUUUGAUGUUCAUGCUUUGUUUCCAAUCACGAUUACAAUCAAACGGCCAUACUAGUGUCUCAUUUUUUGUGCCUUCGCUUAUCCGCCUAUUUGGGUGUCUUUUAGAUUCUUAGAUACGAACAUGCUUGACAAAUUUUUGAAGCCGAAAUUCUAUAGAAAAUGCAAAACGUACCUGGAUUGCACAAAAUCGAGGCUAGAGGCGAUACGGAAGAAGAGGAAAGUAGUGUUGAAGUUUCUGAAGAAUGACAUCGCUGAUCUUCUCAAGAGUGGCCUUGACGACAGUGCAUAUGGAAGAGCUGAAGGGUUCAUGAUCGAGGAAAACAUGUCAGCCUGCUACGAACUUCUUGUAAAGUUUGUCGAAUGCAUAUCAGAUCAUCUUCAAGUCCUUUCUAAGGAGAGAAAUUGCCCUGAGGAAUGUAAGGAAGCUAUACCGUCGUUGAUGCAUGCUGCAGCAAGAUUUGCUGAUCUGCCAGAAUUGCGUGACCUCAGAACUCUGUUUAAGGAGAAAUUUGGGGAUUCUCUUGAACCUUUCAUAAGUAAAGAGUUUGUGGAGAAGUUGAGGCCACAACCUACCGAAGAAAUGAAGAUUCAGAUAUUAAAUGAUAUAGCCCAAGAAUUCUCUAUAAAGUGGAAUAGCAAGGCUAUGGAGGAGAAAUUCAACAUGUCCUUCUCAUCACUUCAAGAGGGGCCUAGGCACACGUUACUAAUCAGUAAUGAAGACACAUUGAGGUUUCAGAGCUGUAGCGAUGACGAAAUAAGUACAGACAUAUCGUCCCAGGAUGGUCCAAAGACUCGUUCAAGCUCAUUAGAAAGUUUUUCCGAGGAUGAACUAGAUUAUACCAAGAAACCAUCUCAACAUAAGAUUGAUCCUCCUCCUUGCUUCACGCCAAAACCUGAUGUUAAUGAGCCAGUUGUUCAAGAAAAGCCAAAACCCCAGUCAGUCAGAACUAGAGGUCCCAAAACACUACCUGGUCAUCAGAAAACUGUUUCUGAUAUUGAUUCAAGGAAUGAAGAAGAUAGGAUAAUGGACGGGCUUUUGAUGCAUUACAGCAUCAAAAAAUCUACUUCUGAAUCGAAGAGGCUGAAGCAGAAAACGAUUAGGCACAUAAAAUCAGAUUCCGAUGGGCAGCUUACUAGAGGAACAUCUCUUCCCGCUCAACUCUCAACUCCUGUAGAGCCAGAAAUACCAAGUGAAGGAGCAAAGCAUGUGCAUCCUAAGCUACCAGAUUAUGAUGACUUAACAGCUCGUCUUGCAGCUAUCAGAGGGAGAUGAAAGAGACGACACAUCUUACUUGACAGAUAUUAGAAUUUUUUCAUUCUCUCUCUGUUUUCUUUUUUCGGUCUUUGUGUAAUUUUCUGCCGUAAACAUUGACAUCCAUCUAAAAAAUUGUAGUUUUUGUCAUAA